AUGUCUACUCUUCAUCGGACUGACGCUCCGUUAAUUAUUCUCAAUAGUCGACCCAUCAUCACCUUCCAGCAUCCUUCAACAUUCAAAACCAUAUCCCACACAAAACACCAAAACUACAUUCAGCACCGUACCAAACUUCCGCAAACGCAGCCUGGGCCCUCGACGGCCGGCAACAACAGCGAGUUUCCAGGUGGAACUCAGCAUCGAAUCUAUCGACGAUCCGUAGCAGCAGGGGCGGUGGUCGAGCUCCCCGACGAGUCGCAGUAUUCACGGCUCCUACAUAUCUGGGAAACCAGAGGUCUAUGGCGUCCCAUCAGAUACCUGAUAGCUCUUGGCAAUCCAGGUACCGGAACGCGAGGGAACGAACGACGUACCCUCGACCAUUCUGUCGGUGGGGACGACCUCUUUGGGGGCUCGAUGUCCCUGUCCGUCAGACACAGAAGUGGUCCUUCCAAUUGUACGGUAGUUCGUCGCGUCGACGCCAGGGUAAUCUGA